UUAGUGAGAGGAGCAGCCAAUCACAAACCUGAGUAACAUAGGCGACGCUAUUUUGGUGGUGAACCCGGAGUCACAACAAUCCCACCUACCACAACCUUAUCCAAAUUUUUCCUCAAAAUGAGGGUCAAGUUAGACCUAAGCGAAUUUAUACAGGAUGAGGGGAAAUUUUCUAUGAUAACAAUAAAUGUGAAAGAGUCGAAGACAGUGUGGGAUGUGCUGAAGAAGAUCUGCAGACGAUUUGACGUCUCUCUGGAGCCUGAAGAUGCAGAUGGAGAAGUGCCAAAAAAACCAACUGUAGGUUUGUUUGAAGAUGAGUUUUAUAUUCAUCCAGAUGAAACUUCCACAGUUCUGCAAGAGACAGGUGUUUUUAAACUCAGGUCAUUGCCAAAGAAGGGAAGUUCAGGAGAAGGAAAGAAAAAGAAGGGAAAGAAGGCGACACAUGAAGAUGUUCCACUUAGUGAUGGAGAGAAAAAGGAAAGAAAAAGCAAGAGAAAUAAAGUUAACGAAGAAAUACAGUUACACGAUGUCAUUAAGGAAGAGAAAAAGACAAAGAGAAAUAGAUUGUCUGAAGAACUUGUGCCAGUGGAGAAUGAAGAUGAUGACAACAGAAAAGUUAGAAAACGUAAGAGAGGUAAAACAGGUGAACUGGAAAUAGAUGUGUGUGAAGUGAAGGAAUACCGGAAACACAAGAAGACUAAAACGAGUGAAGAGAAACUUGAUUCAGAGGAUGAUGUACAAACUAGGGAAAGAGGAAGAGAGAAGAAAGAAAAGUUAAUUGACAAAUUAGAAGAACCACUAAAACAUGGUGAGGAAGUAAGGGAUAAAAAGAAAUCAAAGAAGGAUAAAGCUAGUGAAAGUCAAGUUGAAACUGAACAUGAAGUAGAGGAGGUUGUUGAAAAAGAGAAAAAGAAACGGAAAAAGGAAAAAACUCCAUCAAUUAGCGAAGAGGAGGUGAUAAAGGAUAAUAGAAAAAAGAAGAGUAGAUUAGUGGAGCAGAUAGCUGCCACUGAAAAGAAGUUAGAUAGGAGGAAGACACAUAGGUAUCCGAUAGAAGAUGAUCAAGAAAUAACAAGAUACUAUGAAACAGAGAAAAAGAAAAAGAAAUCGCAAGAAGAUAAAAAUUCACAGGAGAAGGUGGUUUCCACUAGCACUGUGAUCAACCUAGAGAGUGAAGAAACAUCAGAUGAAAAUUUUUCUGAGUCCAGCAGAAACUAUGAUAAUCAAGCUAGAUUUAGUACUGUAUCUUCUGAUCAAGAUGAUCAUUAUGCUGCAGACUCUGUGACUGACCCACAAGUAGCUCAAGAUUUUUCCAGUUUUGACAACCCUGUAACCAAGAAGAAGAGAAAGAGAAAACAUCAUAAGGGACGUUGUGUUCAGAAGAAACAAAAUGAAGAUGAUGAUUCUUCCGUUGGGUAUAUUCUCUCUGAAGAAGCUCCCCUGUUUAGUACGAGUUCUGACUCGAAGCAUAAUUUACCCGAUUCAAGACCUCGAAACAAAAGGCCUCUUCUUAAUUCCAAUUUCACUCAGAGAAAACACAUACAGUUCACUAGUGAUGAUGAAGAAGAGGUGUCCUCUGCUAUUAAUGAAGACAUGGAGUCUGCUAAUGAAAUUGAAAUUGUGGAAACCAACACAAAAAUGUCAAGAAAGAAGGAACUGAGAUCAAGCUUCCCUGGCCAGAGUCCUAACCAUAAUACUAUGGACAACAUUAAAAAUGUAUCUAAUUUAAGCAAAUCCCUACCGAAUCUUGAUGAUCAGUCUUCGAUUAAGUCGAGGAAAGAAGGAUCUCUCUUUCAUAGCACACCAGAUCAUAAGAAAACUCCUGAUGUUGUUGAGGUGGAGCGAGAAAGUUCAGCUCCUUUUCUUCCUCCUGAUUACUCUUCACUUUACAGUAUUUCUGGGAGGAGUCCUCUAAAUAGGGGCAAAAGUAGUAAUUUGGAACAGUUGGCUACUCUGCGCAGAAUAUAUGAAAAUAAAACCAUCACAGUAUGCAAGGUUGAUUCAAGAAGGGAGCAGACAAAACCUAAAACAAGGGAAUUGCCAGUGUCUACCACAGGUCCUCUCUUUAAAUCACCACCUCCAGUAUUCACAAGUCCCAAACAGGUUAAUGAUGAAUGUAAGCAAACCUUCCAGAAUCUUAUACAAAUGAAGAGCAGAACAGUUCCUCUUAUUUUUCCAAAUGCAAGAACAUUACAGCGAGAUCCCAGUCCAGAUGUCAUGAGAGAAAAGGAAAGUCAAUCUUGUCCUCCAAAUGUAGGUAAUAGAGGAGCACUUGAUAAUUCACUUUCUAAUGGAAGCAGAAGUGCAGGUGGCCGAGAUACAGCAGCGAGUAGUCUGCAGGCGAUAUCUCCAGCAAAGAGGGAAAGUUGUAAUGUUACUCAAAACUACAGUCAUGAAAUGGAGGAAAAUGUGGAACUUCAUAGAACUCCUCUACAUUCAGAAUAUGAGAGUCCCAUGACAGAGUCACUUCCAGGUAGCUCAAAAUGGUUCACGGUUCCAGAUAACACUACAAAUCAAAGAGUUGGGCUCUUCCACACGAAGAGGAAAGAGAAAUUAAGGCCAUACCAAUCUGUAGCUGCAUGUCUUCAAAACAUAAGACAGCAUGCUGAUAGUGGUACUGAGAUGGGGGAGCUGCUAAUACUCAAUGAUGAAGUGGAUGCAAUAUGCCAAGAUGAGAUUAGCGAUGAAGCAAUGCUUGAUAAAGAACCUAAAGCAGAAGGAAUGCUGAAAUCACAAGAACUUCGCAAGGUGACUACAGUAAAUGCUGGUGUUAGAAGAAAUCUGAUGUCUAGCCAAGUCAGUGAAAAAGCAUUCAAGACCACACCUCCCAAAAGUAAUAAUGAGGUGGUUGACUUGGAAAGUGAUGAUGAUGAAAUUCCAACAAGUAAUGGUGUUGAAAUGGAUAUUAGUGCCGAGGUUUUGAAACCUAAUGAAAUAGUUGAAACUUCUAAUGAAGUCAUAGUGAAAAAUAGAAAGACAGUUAGUUUUAAUGUAAAGCCUAUAAAUAAUGAGAGAGAGACUGAUAACUCUACUGCAGAGAUUAUUUUAGACAAGAAAAACAGGGUUAGUUCUGGGGCAAAGACAGAUGAUAAAAAGAAGACUGAUUGUGUAACAGAGAUUGUAGAGGAUGGUCCAAAGACAGUUGAUUAUAUUGCAGAUAUAGAAAAAACUGGAAAAUCAACUAAUUUUGGUUGUAAUUUUGUAGAUGAUGAGGAUGAGAUAAUAGAAGAUGAUGUGGUUGGUUUUGAUGCUGAAAUUACAGAGGACAAAAAAGAGACAAGUGAUUAUGAUGGUAGUGGUCAAGAUCACAGUGAAAAAAAUUGUGAUAAUCCUACUCCUGCUGCUGCUACAUCAGUGCACCAGACUGAAGAUGACCAGAGAGCUUUAGAAGAAGCAGUUUUUGAGGAGUUAAAGGAGGACAUGCUGAAAGAAGUUAAACAGGUGCCUAGAAAGGUUAGUGAGCAAGGUGUUGAAAUGAGUGAAGCUUACUUUGAAAAGUUCCCGCUUAUGAAAGUCCCUCCGAAAGCUGGCGAGUUUAUUGCAGUAAAAGUGUUGAGUUUGGAUAAAUCUUAUGCUCCUGUGUACUCCAACUACCUUCAAGCACGUGUGAUAAAAAUGGAUGGACUCAAGGUUACUCUCAAAUAUGUUGAUAAAAUAAAAUCCAGUGAAGAAUUGGACAAAGAAGAAAAUGUGGAAGAAGUUGACCUGACUUUUGAGGAGGAGGAGGAAGUUGACCUGACUGAAGAUACACUGGACAAAAAUGCUGUUGUAGAGGAGCUUGACUGGCGGGACAUUUGUGAACCAAGACUUAUUUUUCCAUAGCAUUAAUGUAUACCACAUGUAUAUAUAGGUCUUAUUAUUUCACAUGGUCCACUGAAUGUUGUGGAUGUUAGUUCAGUAGUACUGUAUUUGCAUUACCGACAUAUGUAUUGCUAUGAAGUUAGUCAACGUAAAAGUAAUAUUUUUCAGUUUUUAAAUUGUGAUAGUAGUGUGUAUAUUCAGCAUUUUAAUCCAUUCAAAUUAUUUUCUUAAAAGCUUCAUGUAAUACUAUGUCUGGAUUUGCAAGUCAGUAGUAGUAGUACUACUACUAUUUAAGAGAAAUGCUUUGUAAAUGCUAAUACAUCUUAUACACUAUAUGUUGAAUAUCAAAGAUAAUGUAAUGUAUUUUUGUCACCCAGUGCCCACAAUCUUAAAUCAUCAGGCUCUUAAUUUUAUCUAAGCAAUAUGAACUCUUUCUUUCAAGUGCUGUUAUCUGAUUUUAAGUUAAUUUCUUUCAAGUGCUGUUAUCUGGUUUUAAGUUAAUUGACAUAUUACAGUAGUUAUUUUAACAUUCAUCACUACCAUCAUUAAUAUUAUUACUUCUACAGUUCUCACUCAC